AUGGCAGGACAUCCACACUACGGUUGGGGGGCAUUUCCCCCACCCCUGCACGGAUAUCCUCCUGGACCCCCACAUAUGUAUCCCCCUGGCCCUCCUCAUAUGUAUCCUCCGGGUAUAUUUUACCCACCAUACAUACACCCCGGGGCUGACCCCGUGCAAGUGGUAGAUGAAUCCGAAGCGAUCCCGGAAUUACCGGGAGAAACCGUGGAGCUACCUUGGAGCACAUAUCGUUGGGUUCCUGCUUGCUUAAAUCAAGGCAGCAUUCCACCAGGUGCCCUCAGAGUCGGUACCGAUGCCGAUGGAGACGAAAUCUACGCUGGAAGAGCUCCUCACGAGGGUGAAAUUGUUCCCGCCAAGGUUAUUCCGAACAAGAACGUUUGCUUUAUAUCGUUCUGCGGCGAGGAAAUUUUAAAGGACCAGUUUGAGGUGCUUGUUCCGACUUUCUUCGCUUGGCAGUUUGCCUCGAACGGUGAACUUCCCCCUGGUGCAGUGAACUUUGGUGUCACAGCCGAUGGUGAGAGACUCUACUACGGUAGGGUCACUCGCGAUGGACUGACGACGCCUGGCAAGAUUCAACCUUCGCAUGGUUGCUGUUAUUUUCCCCUCGAUGGCGGAGAACAGAGCUCCACUGAAUAUGAAUGUUUGGUGCUUAUAUAAAAUCUAUAAUCGAAACUUUUAAUUUCUUUAAACAAAUAACCGUUUGAUAAAUACCGUAAGUGAAUUACAUUCGCUUAAAAAAGUUAAAAUUACUUUUUCUUUUUAAUGCUUUUGAAAAUAAGUAUGUGAUG